AUGUGGAGGAAGUUUCACUGUGCCAGCCUGACGCCAUGGCCACCCUGGGUCUACGCACUCUACGACUCUGAGUCGCUCAUGAACAGAGUGAAGAAACAGCUCCAUGAAUGGGACGAGAACCUGAAGGAUGACUCCCUCCCUACGAACGCCGUAGACUUUUCCUACAGAGUAGCGGCCUGUCUGCCCAUAGACGACGCUCUGCGGCUCCAACUGCUGAAGAUCGGCAGUGCCAUCCAGAGACUUCGCUGUGAGCUGGACAUCAUGGACCGGUGCACAUCGCUGUGCUGUAAGCAGUGCCAGGACACAGAAAUCACCACGAAGACUGAGAUCUUCAGCUUGUCUCUGAACGGCCCCAUGGCUGCAUACGUCAACCCUCACGGUUACGUCCAUGAAACAUUGACCGUCUACAAAACCAACAACCUCAACCUGGUGGGCCGGCCAUCCACGCUGCACAGCUGGUUUCCAGGCUACGCCUGGACCAUUGCUCAGUGUCGCACCUGUGGGUCUCACAUGGGUUGGAGGUUCACCGCCACCAAGAAGCACUUGUCUCCGCCUCGCUUCUGGGGUCUGACCCGGUCGGCCUUGCUCCCCCGCAUCCCCCUUGGCGAGGUGGAGGAGGGGAGAGAGGGCUCUCGCCUCUUCUGCCUGUGAUGACGCACCAUCAUGUAUCGUCAAUAAACAACAACAAAAACCCUACAGACCCCCAAAUCCUAAAUCUCCAUGCACUCUCUCACUACAAUUACUGUCACUAAUCAACACAGCACCUGUCACCCAUGGCAGUAAAUCCAUCAUAUUAGUGGAAAGGUCAGUUAGCCUUUAAAUGGCACUCAAUUUAGACCAGGAGGGAACUAUUGUCCUUAGAAGCUAUUGAGAAGUGGAGGCAGCAGUUAGACAACUAAGUGCAUUGAGAGAAAACGAGGGGAAAAAACAGAGCAACAACAGAUUGGUCCAUAACACAUUUUAGAAACCUAGCUUGCAGCUGGCUGAUCUGCACCGCUGUCCAUCUGAUUCCAUGGUAGCUGCAGACAUACACAACAACAAAAGCUAUGCUUAAUGCAUCAUUUCCCUUCCACUAAUUUCCUCUGUAUGAUGGAGAGGUUUUCUGCAUGCAGUUGAGAUAGAGAUAUCUGGCUGAUAUGUUUCUGAUUUGAGCUGCUGUGGUGGAGGAGAUGAAAGGAGACUUGUUUCUGUAAGGGUAUAUUUUGAAUCUAGGAAUCAUAUAGGAUGUAUUUUUAUAUGCCAGAAGAUUGGAAAGUUAUAUUAUCACAACAAACGAGAUGACAAUGUGUGAAGUCCCUGAGAUAAUCAGCUCCGGUUUUGUAUUAACUGAGGUCCCAUUGUCCUGUCAGAUGAUGUGCUCUGGAAACAAACAAGAAAACAUUAGAGAAAACCUGGAGUCUAAUGAAGGACUGUUUUUAUAAAAAGGUUAAAGCUAGUUAACACAGAGAGUGAGAGGAGCAUUUUUAUUUAGUUUGUUCAUGUUGUAUGGCUGCAUGGCAUGUUAAAAUGUUGUGCCUACGCCCCAGAGUCUUUUGAUAAGUUUAAUGAUUCAAUGAGCCACAGAGGAAUACAAUAUUGUAACUGAUGAAAGGUGUUUUUUGUUGUGUGGUGUCGCUGUUUUCAGGAUUUUACAUCUUGCGAUUUUUAUUGCAAGGCGCUGGCUCAUGUUUGUAUAAAUGUAUCUGUAAAUGAGAGGCCGUUAGCAUAGCAUUUGUUGUGUUGUAUAACUGUUGUUCUACUGUUUGUAGAAUUGGAUUCUUAAGUCGCACAUAUCUACAUGUCUUAGAAAACAGAGGGAAAAAAAACCUUGAUCGCAAUAAAAAAAAAUCUAAAAUUGAAGAUUUUGGUGUAUCUAAUUAACUGUUUUUGGAUGUUUUCUCAAAGGAAUACAUUUUGUCAACGGGAGUCAUAACUAAAAGGCGGUAGCUGUCAAUAAAAAAAAGAUAUGAUGUAAACCUUAUUGCCUAAGCAAGCAGUAUGUCAUACGGGUGUACAUUCCUGAGUUUUGUUGACACUCAGCGAGGGAAAUAUCGACUCUAAUGAUAAAGGAUAAUUACUCAGUGGUUUCAUGCAGGGACUUUUUCGGAUUAAUAUUUUAAAUAAUCUUAUUUUUGUUGUUAUCUUUCCUUAAAAACAUAUUUCACUUUGCACUCCUAUAACACUGGGAAUCAAAACGGAUCAGUACCGUAGGAGAUAUUCAUUAUUUUUAGUCCGGACAUUCUUCUUGCUUCUACUUGCUGCCUACAUUACCCAUAGUGCAACUCAGCCUCUCGCAAUUUAGUCAGUUUCAGUUGUGUUAGCCAUGGUGACUUACCUGAGGCAAUUUAUUAGAUUUUGUGCAGCUCUAUCAGCAGCCAGAAAAGGCUUCAUCUAACUUUUAUUUUCAAAAAUGCCGUUGAGAAGACCUGGAAAUUGAGUUUAAUGGACCUCUUUAAUUUUUGUAUAUCGAUGUGUUUCAUGAAGAAAGAUAACAGGUAUAAUCUAAAAAGUUAAUGUCUCCUUUUGGUUAUGUUCUCUGUAAUACUGCUUAUUCAAUGUUCACCAGGCUGUCAGACUUUCAUUCACCUCAAACAAUGAAAUGUACGCUUCACAGAAGAAUUGAAUUACCCGUUUCCAAAGAAAGCUGUUUCUCCUUUUUCCAUGACAAUCGGUGUAUAAAAGAGUAAAAUAAAUAUGCAGUUCUC